UAAAUAAAAUGUGUUACCCUUCGAUGGAUUUAUCGUUGGAUUUUCCAUCAAACCAAAAACUCUCUGUUUUCUCUCUCACACAACUCUUCUUCUUAUAGCUUCAGUUUCUCGUUAAAGAAAAAAUGUCAGCAACUCAGAGUUCUGUUUCUGAAUGCUAAGUGGGGUUUGCUUUUUCUCAUUAUUUUUUUUAUAUGCUGCCCCUGUUUCCAUAAACACUCGUUUUUUUACUGUAUAAAACACGAAAAACAAGUAAAGUUUUGUUCUAUUAUUUUGAUUUGAUUGGUGCUUCUAGAAAGUUUGUAAAGAAGGAGAAAUCAAUUAUAACUUUCUCAACAUUUUAGGUUUCGAUUGAAAAAGCUAAGUUGUUUUUGUUCUAUUUAAGUUUUGGAAACUAAACCCCAAACAGUGUAUUCGAAUCUGGAUACUGUGGGUGGUUUCUGUGUCUUUUUUCCGACGAAAUUGAGAGUGAAAUGGGAUCCUCUGCAAUGUCUGUUGACGAGAUUGUGGAAGAGAUGAUGAGGCUUAACAAAUCACUACCAAUAAGGCCCGGGAUAGAUGAAGUUGAAGCAGCAAAAGUUUUAGUUAUGAAUAUGGACAAGGAGGAAAAAAUGAAGUUAGAGACAAUUGCGCGGCAAAACAAAAGAAAAGAUGUACCAGAAGAGCUAUUCAAAAUAUUGCAAGAGAUGCAGAGGAAUUUAGUUUAUUUUCAGAGUAAAGAAGAGAAGAGGGAAGCAUUAAAAUUGUUAGAUCUCGAAAAUGUUCAUUACCUGUUCGAUGAAUUGAUUCAAAGAGCUUCCAAAUGCUUAUCAUCGAAUCCUCAAGCUAAUAAUGCUUCUUCAAGGAAUUCCAGUAAUUUGUCUUUGGCCAAUUCAUCUUCCUUCAACGGUAGUAGUUUCAAUUCUCCGGCAACUACUACGACUAUGUCUUCUUCGUCCAGCUUUUAUAGUGAGAAAGAGUCUGUUAAAGUGUCUGAACUGGUUACAAGAGACGACAGUUACUUGAAGAAACCGACCACUGCGUUUCAAAUGGAUGGAAUCGGUGUUGGGCUUCGAUCUAAGAAUGCUUCUUCUGCGCCCCAGAUUGUCGAUACCACUUUGAAGCGUACUACUGGUGAAAAUGGUGAAAAAAUGAGCUUGAUAAAGCUUGCUAGUUUGAUAGAAGUUUCAGCCAAAAAAGGAACCAAGGAGCUAAUUCUUCGAAGAAAAUUGUCAGAUCAAUUAGAAUGGAUUCCAGAUUCACUUGGGAAGCUAUCAAAUUUGGUGACUUUGGAUUUGUCUGAGAAUCGAAUUGCUGUGUUGCCAACUACCAUCGGGGGUCUUUCAUCGUUGCAAAAACUAGAUUUGCAUGGAAAUAAAAUUGUUGAACUUCCUGAUUCAAUAGGAGAUCUGCUUAACUUGGUCUAUCUAGAUCUAAAUGGCAAUAACCUGAAGACAUUGCCUUUGACUUUAGCGAGGUUAACUCAUCUCGAGGAAGUUGAUCUUAGCUCUAACAUGCUAUCUGUGCUCCCCGAGGCAGUGGGAUCCCUUAUCAGUCUCAAAAAACUGAUCGUUGAGACUAAUGACCUAGACGAACUUCCUCACACUAUUGGUCAAUGCACUUCGCUGAAAGAGCUUCGUGCUGACUAUAACCGUCUUAAAGCUCUUCCUGAAGCCUUGGGACGAAUGGAUUCUUUGGAGAUUCUAUCCGUGAGGUACAAUAACAUCAGGCAAUUGCCUACAACUAUGGCAUCCUUAACAAGUUUGAAAGAGCUCAAUGUUAGUUUCAAUGAGCUUGAGUCAGUGCCUGAGAGCUUGUGCUUUGCCACUACACUCGUAAAGCUGAACAUUAGCAACAACUUUGCGGACCUGCAAUCACUCCCUAGAUCCAUUGGAAACCUUGAGAUGCUUGAGGAGCUGGAUAUGAGUAACAACCAGAUACGAAUUCUACCAGAUUCAUUUAGGAUGCUUUCGCGUUUGCGUGUACUAAAGACAGAAGGAAAUCCUCUUGAAGUGCCACCAGGAAACGUUAUCGAGAUGGGAGCACAGGCUGUUGUGCAGCAUAUGGCUGAUGUUGUUGAAAAGAGGGAUGCGAAGCCACAACCAGUUAAGCAAAAGAAAUCAUGGGCUCAGAUAUGCUGUUUUUCAAGAUCCAACAAACGUAAGCGCAAUGGUAUAGACUAUGUCGUCCAAGCGUGACACACGUAUAAACUCUUGACCCUAUAUUUAUCUGGUAACUUUGUUCCCUUUACUGCCUCUGCUUCCAGCUAUUAGUCUGUUGGCGAUAGAAAACUGGAGGUUUAGUAUUCAGUAACCAGCUGGUGAUCCAGUAUUCAUGGCACUGAUCCAGCAGAUUGGGGUUGGAUAGUUGUUAGCUCUUACACAUUUGUUGUUUAAUAAUUCUCCUCAAUUCUUGUCCUUUGAUGUUGUGAGUUAAUAAAUGUAUAUGGUGCACGAGACAUGUUUGCUGCAUUAAUUACAAUAAUAAAAUGUUGGGUUGUAAGGGAAUGGCUCACAUGCUUUUGUUAUCCCUCCUACAGUGAAAUUGAGCUCUGCCAUUUUUCUUCAAUUCCAACAGAAUUAUCACUAUUUAUUUA